GACGGAGAGUGCUGCCUCUGCUUUCCAAGUUAUAAUUCCAAAUUUUGGAGCACUAUUAGGGUUUGGAUUUCCUGUUAUAAACCACGCAGCACGUACAACCUCUAAUUAUUUACAAAAUUAAUUAAUUGCAAUCGAUUUCUUGUUUGUUUUUUAAUUUUGAUGAGUUGAGAAUGAGAAGGAUUUUGUAAAGAAAUUCAAAGUUGACAAGGAUUUAAAAGAACCAAGCGUGGCCUUUUUUUUCAUUCCGUUCCAUUCUUCCUCUCUUAUAUAUAUAUCUCAACCGUCCCUACCCUCCCGCCGCAACAGCCAGCCAUCUGAUGACGAUGACGAAGCCUGGCGACUCCAUUUCCAGCUCCUCCGACGAUUCAGUUGAGGAUGAGAAGGAUUUUGCUCCACCGGUAAAGAAAUUCAAACUUGACAAGGAUUUAGUAGGUGAAGAAGGCAACACUUCCGAUUCUGCCAUUGAUUUAACCCCCAGAGAAGCUUUCGAAAUCUGGUGCCAGAUAUAUGGAAAAGUAUACCCUAGCAAAGAUGAGGAAGAUCGGAGGUUCGAUUUGUUCAAGCUAUCUCUUGAUAGGGCCAUCCCCUCAAGUCAAGCUUCCAAUUUUCAGUGUCUUGCUGAUCUAACCGAAGACGAAUUUAAUGAGGUCAGAAGAAUUAUUCGUCAGCCCGAUUGUUACUCUUCUAUAUCCUGGAAACAACUCAAAGCAGGCAACCACAGUCCCAUUACACAGCCAAAUGAUUUCAUUGCUAGAGUUGUUGCAGCUGCUGCUAUGAGCCCUUUAACCCGCAGAGAAGCUUUCAAUGUCUGGAACAGAUUUUAUGAAAAAGUAUACUCUGACGAACUGGAGGAAGAAUCGAGGUUCGAUAUUUUCAACGAAAAUCUUCUUACGAAGAUCCCCUCGGAUGUUACUAAUUUUGGAGCUUUUGCUGAUCUAACUAAAGAUGAAUUUCAACCAAUUUUCAACGACCCGAGGUGUACUAAUUAUAUAUCCCUCCUAGAACUCAAAGUGUGUGAUGAGUAUUUGCGUGCUGUUGAAUUUCAAAUUUAAGUUGUUACUUUGAGGUUUUUUUAAUUAAGGUUGAAUAAGUGUUUCUACCUCACUUAGUAGGAUAAGACAAGACUUUUGUGGUUGUUCUUAGUAGUCAUGAAAUCAUUUGAGUGUGAUUUUGUUUUAUCAUAUAUAACUAGCACACAUUGGCUGUGUAAAAGAGUUCUUGUAAUAUUUGCUCUGUUGAUUGAUGCGACCAAUCAAUCAUCUUGUGAGCUAAGUUUAUAGCGCAUCAAUUUGUCAGGCAUACAACUGUUCAUGUAAAACCGGUGCACUGAAAUCUACAGUUACGUUUUUAGAGGUUUUUUAUUGUA